AUGAAGCCGUAUUUAGAUUCCGACGAGGAAGAAGAAUUAGGGACAUAUCAGAAGAAAUUAAGAGAGAGGGCCAACCGCAGUAUACAGCAGCUUAGUAGUAUGUUGGCUGACCGAAGCUCUGACACCGAGGGUACCGAGGCAGAGGAAAGUCAAGACAGGAGCCAUACCGCUGGCGAGAGCUCGUUGCAUCAAGUACAAGCGAGUGAAGCAGUGAGUCAACUGCGAUCUCUGCUUCAGAAACAUCCCAGGGAGUCUCCCAGUUUCUCUCCUUCAAAGAGGAAGUCUGCACCUGUGCAAAAACCUCCAGAUGAGGAGAAUGGUAGUGGGCACAGAGUUCAAGAUCUUGAUCCAGUCCUCACUAACCAAUCAGAAUACAUCAAACACCUAGAGGCAGAGGUCAAGUUUUGCAAGGACGAACUUCUGGGGAUGAAACAGCGUGUCAGGGUGGUGGUUGUGGAAAAUGAGAGGCUGCACGAAGAAUUGAAAUCCAAGGUUGUGGAAGACACUCUAAGAGACUACACUAUCUUAGAUAACACGCUAAAUGCCACAGGCAUGGUCACAGGAACUCCAGCAGCAAAAACAAAAGAGAGCAUCACUCUACAGGCAGAGGACCAAAAGUGGAAGAAAGAGCUGGAGCAGUUGAAAUGUCUAUACCAAGCGCAAACUGAAACACUGGAGGCCCAAGUGGUGUCUCUCAAGAAAGACUUGGUGACCACACAGAGGGAGUGUGAGGAGGUGAAGGAGCGGCUGAGGCACAAAGAAGCGUUGACGGCAGGGAGUAAAAAGCACGUAGGGGGUUUGUGUGUGAAGUGUGCCCAGCACGAGGCUGUUCUUGCAGAGACGCAUUCCAACGUGCACGUCCAGGCGAUCGAGAGACUUACCAAAGAGCGAGAUGAGCUGAUGACAGUGCUGUGUUCUCUGAGGAUCAGUCACAGUGAAGCUCAGCAGAGAGAGUGGGCUGCCUACCACCAAGUCAAACAGGCUGUGGAGAUGGCAGAAGAGGCCAACCUGGAGAAGACCAGAGCUGUGGUUCAGUGUGAGCGCGUUCACACUGAGCUGGCCCGUCACAGAGAGAGGCUAGAGAAGGAGUUGGCCUCCGAGCAGGAGAAGAUAACGCAGGCCAGAGAGGCUGUGCGCAGUGAGGCGAGAAAAGAGAAAGAGGAGCUAGCUCAAACGGUCACAGCUCUAACUCAGAGAGCAGCAGAGCUGGAGGGGCUGCUGGACAGGGCAGACCGAGAGAAAAACUCCCUCAAUACUCAACUGGAAGAGGCUUUUAGAAAACUCAGCUCCCAAGAGGCAGAGGGCAGCAAGGUGUGUGGGGAAAUGCGGUACCAGUUGAGCCAGGCCCAGCUCAAGAGACAGGAAGCAGAGAGGGAACUCAGAGACGUCAGCUCCAAAAUGACAAGACAGCAGGAGCUGAUGGAACAGGAAGUGCAGAAGCUGGGUAUGGAGCUGAGCGGCUGCCGACAGCGUUUGGAGGAGGCCCAGAGGGCAGAGGGCCGAAGCCGGGCGGAGGCAGCCAGCCUGGCGGAGGAGCUUGGCCACGCCCAGCGCCAACUGCACCUCACCAGACAGGAGAAAGAGGUGGCGGAGCGUUGCCACGGCGAGGACAUGGCCGCUCUGACCUUCCAGGCACAGCAGCGCGAGCACGAGUUGACACAGACGCUCCAGCAAAUGGAGGCUCAGCACGAGAGGACUGUGAGUGAUAUGGAUGCCUUGCUCAGUUCCCAGAAUGCUCUGAUUGGGAAGUUGAAGGAAGAAUGUUGUAAUCUGGGAUCAAAGCUGGAGGAGCUGACUGAAAGAAGCAGGGCAGAGAUAGAGCAGCUGUCUCUGGAGAGGGAGCACCUGCAGAGGAGUGUGGAUAAGCUCCGAGGUCGCUGUCAAGAGAUGGAGGAACAAUGUGUCCAGCAUGGGAGGAUGCACCAGCGCAUGAAGAACAGGCUGCAGCAGUUGGACCAGCACUGUCAGGCCAGCUCCCAGCAAGUCAUGGAGCUGCUCACCAGACAGAGCCAGCUGAUACAGGAGCGCCAGCUUCUGACGGAGGAGAUGCAAAACUUGCGUGUUCAGGUCGGUCUUUGA